AUUUCCACUGCACUACUCAUUUUCUCAAUUCUUGAAUAUCCCUCAUUUUUCUCUCUUCCAAAAAGAUUAUCAAUUCUUCUCUUCAAGAAAAUGGCUAUUAGGAAAUCAAACAAGUUGUCACAAAGUACUGUAUUGAAGCAAAUUCUAAAAAGAUGUUCAAGUUUGGGAAGGAAAAGUACUAAUGGAUAUCAAGAUGAACAACAAGGACUACCAAUGGACGUACCAAAAGGACAUUUUGCAGUUUACGUUGGAGAAAAUAGAACAAGGUACAUUGUUCCAAUAUCCAUUUUGUCACGACCCGAAUUUCGAGUACUACUUCAACGUGCUGAGGAAGAAUUUGGAUUUGAUCAUGACAUGGGUCUUACAAUCCCAUGUAACGAAGAUUUUUUCGAAUCUCUAACUUCGUCAAUGCUAAGGUAAAUAAAUUAGUUGAGCCAGUAAAUUUCAGAUAAACGAUAAAAGGGGAGUGCAAGAAGAUGAUGAAGAAAUUGGAGUUAGUGUUUAAGUAUAGGUGGAGCUAGCUAGCUUGUCUGAAGUAAAUUUUUAUAACAGAAGUUCAGGAAUAUAAUCUACUUUAUUGCUUCUGUCUUUUUUUUUUUUUUUUUUUGCUUUUGGGAUUUUCGUGUUUAUUGUUAACUAAUUAACUGAAAACCUGGAGAGGGGUAUGUUUGUAAAUCUCAAAAGUCUGUAAUUUUCCUCAUAGUGGUGUUACAUAAUAUUUGUACCCUAUGAAAGAAUUAACCAAUUAUUAUUAUAUAUAAAGAAUAUAAUAUUUUUAC